AAACGCCAGCUUCCCUCUCUUCUCUCUCUCUCUCUCUCUCUCUCUCUCUGUGUCGCGCUCUUUUUUCAUUCGCUCUCUUUUCCCAACACUCUGUCUCUCCGGCGGCGUCUUUUUGGUACCGCCGAUUUUCCUCUGCUUUAAUCACCGGCGGUAAGUCCUGUCUUCGUCGUCCUUUCUCUCCUCUCAGAUCUGCCAUUCUUCGCCUGAAUUUUCUCCAAUUUGGAAGUGUUGUUGCUGGUCUCGUCCGUCUGUCCCUGCCGCCUUCAGCCAUUUUCCGUCACUGGUAUCCUUCCCGAAGAACUUUCUUAAGCCCCUCGCAGCUCCUUCAAGCAUCCUAAAUCCUACCACGCCUCCCCCGCAUCUCACACCUUCUUCUUUUUCUCUCUCUUUUUUCAUUUCAAAAUUGGAAUUUCGGUUCUAAAAUCUCAAGCACUCAUCAAUUAUAUUCCCGCAUCUUUUCAAAAUGUUAAGUGCGCGGGUGUGAUUUGGUUACUUUUAGGUUCUUUAUAUUGUGGAUUUCAUUCGCAUAAUCUGUUUGAUGAAAGUCUCAUGUGAAUGCAAUUUUUGUAGGCAAACAUUUUUUUGUUUUUAAAAAUUUUUUGAGGCUAGGUCAGUGGGGACCUUUUGAAUUUUGAAGAUGUAUGGAAGAAAAGCAUGCCAACUGGUAAAAGAACUAACUACCGGAGAAAAAGGGCAGCUCAUGCCGUUCAAUAGUGACCUAUUUGAUCAAGUAAUUGCAGAAUGUGGUCAACACUAUUUUGAGAUCCAGUCCUUGACAAGGAAAAUGGAGGAAGAAGGAUUGGAUAUUGAAACAACUAAAAAUGAGGACCACUAUGGGUCACUAAUCCAUCACCUUUCCUUAGUUCGCAAUAAACGCUGUCUAAUGGCAUAUUUGUAUAACCGAGCAGAAAUUUUACGAAAUCUGACAUGGAAGGUAGGGCCUGUGCUUCCACAAGAAAUCCAAGAGAAGCUCAGCCACUUAGAGGAAGACUAUUUUAAGAAACAUUCUGCGUCUUUGAAAUCAUAUAUGUCAAAACUGGAUCUUGAUUUGGCUGUGGAUAUGGUGCCGCCAAAAGAUCCCUAUAUUCAAGUUAGAGUCCUUGAUGAUAUUGGUGAUGGAAUAGUACUAAGUGACGAUAAGACAGCCAACUUUGCUCCUCAUUCAAUGCAUUUUCUUAAACGAACUGAUGCUGAGCAGUUUAUCUCACGGGGCUUGAUGGAGGAACUGACAGGCUGAUCUAACAAGAUUGUUCUGCUAAUUAUUCGUUGUACCAUUCUUUUUACGGUGAGAUUUAGGGUUAUAUUAGUGAUUUCCAUUCCAUCUAUCUUUUUCUCAACGUGGAAAUUUCUGUCGGCAUGCACAUGAUUUUUACAUGAGGUAGUUGCUUCCAAAAACAUUACUUCUGUAAGUGUAAUGUUCUAACACAAUAAGUGAAGAUAUCAUGCUUUUAGAUGUGUACAUGUCUGCACAUUAUUGGUUCUAAUAAUGUAGAUAGAAAUAUCUCAGUCAGAAUGGACUUGAUCUGCCUUA